AUGACCAAUUUCACCAGCCCUAAUUACGCGUAUUUAACAGAUCACGAAAUACAGAUUUUACAACAAUGCCCUUACCGAUUAACUCUUACGAUUGAUGAAUUAACAAAAUCAGCCGUAAGAAAAUACCAUGAUUUUGAUAAAUCACCACGACCACAAAACAGUUGGAUAAUUUUUCGAAGAGAUUAUGAAGCGUAUUUACGUUUAUGUGAUCGAUAUGCCAAAUCAACAAUUAUUGAAACAGCAAAGGAAUGCAGCUCAAGGUGGAAAAAACUAUCAAGCGAAGUCAAGGAUUUCUUCAAAAUAUUGGAAAGAAUAGCUUGUGAGAAUCAUAAGCGUGUAUAUCCUGAUUAUAAAUAUAAGCCAAAAAAUCCAAAGAAUUCAAGUGGUAAAAAAUUUAUUUUUCGAGAACAGAAAAAGUAUCCUACUUCAUCAGCUAACCCUAACUCUUCAACGUCACUAAGUUCGACAGUCACUGACAAUAAUCAAGACUAUACUAAUAACUUUACGAUAGCCAUAUAUAACAAUCAAGACUAUACUAAUAACUUUACGACAGCCAUCUAUAAUCAUCAAGACUAUAGUGAUGGCCUUACAACCAUUCCUAAAGACUAUAGUGACGGCCUUACAACCAUUCAUCAAGACUAUAGUGAUGGACUUACAACCAUUCAUCAAGACUAUAGUGAUGGCCUUACAACCAUUCAUCAAGACUAUAGUGAUUGGCUUACAACCAUUCAUCAAGACUAUACCGAUGCUAAUGAUCUAACUCAAAAUUCGAUCAACAACGC